AUGGCGGCGGGCGGCAGCGGGCGCGCGUCGUGCCCGCCGGGGGUCGGGCCUGGCGCGGGCGGCCUGGGGCCCAGCGCCAACGCCGCUGCGGCCCCCGGCAACGCCGCCGCCUGCGCCCCGGGGCCGCCGCCCCCUCCAUCCCCGCCGCCCGGGCCCGUGCCGGACGCGCAGGCCGUGGGCGACGAGCGCGACGACGCGGGCCCGGGCGCGCUGCUGCGCGAGCCCGUGUACAACUGGCAGGCCACCAAACCCACGGUGCAGGAGCGCUUCGCCUUCCUCUUCAACAACGAGGUGCUGUGCGACGUGCACUUCCUGGUGGGCAAGGGGCUCAGCUCGCAGCGCGUCCCCGCGCACAGGUUUGUGCUGGCCGUGGGCAGCGCUGUCUUUGACGCCAUGUUCAAUGGCGGGAUGGCUACCACCUCCACCGAGAUCGAGCUGCCCGACGUGGAACCCUCCGCCUUCCUCGCCCUGCUCAAGUUCCUGUACUCCGAUGAAGUGCAGAUCGGGCCUGAGACGGUGAUGACCACGCUCUACACCGCCAAGAAGUACGCGGUGCCUGCCCUGGAGGCGCACUGCGUGGAGUUCCUGAAGAAGCACCUGCGGGCUGACAAUGCCUUCAUGCUGCUCACGCAGGCCCGGCUCUUCGAUGAGCCGCAGCUGGCCAGCUUGUGCCUGGAGAGCAUAGACAAGAACACGGCCGAUGCCAUCGCCGCCGAGGGCUUCACCGACAUCGAUCUGGACACGCUGGUGGCAGUGCUGGAGCGGGACACUCUGGGCAUCCGCGAGGUUCGGCUCUUCAAUGCCGUAGUGCGCUGGUCUGAAGCUGAGUGUCAGCGACAGCAGCUUCAGGUGACGCCUGAGAACAAGCGGAAGGCACUCGGCAAGGCCCUGGGCCUCAUCCGGUUCCCCCUGAUGACCAUCGAGGAGUUUGCCGCAGCCCGCCCUCUGCCCGCAGGCCCGGCGCAGUCCGGCAUCCUGGUGGACCGCGAGGUGGUGAGCCUGUUCCUGCACUUCACUGUCAACCCCAAGCCGCGCGUGGAGUUCAUCGACAGGCCCCGGUGCUGUCUGCGGGGCAAGGAGUGCAGCAUUAACCGGUUCCAGCAGGUGGAGAGCCGCUGGGGCUACAGUGGCACCAGCGACCGGAUCAGGUUCUCCGUCAACAAGCGCAUCUUUGUGGUGGGGUUUGGGCUCUACGGAUCCAUCCACGGGCCCACUGACUAUCAAGUGAACAUCCAGAUCAUCCACACGGACAGCAACACGGUCCUCGGCCAGAACGACACCGGGUUCAGCUGUGACGGCUCGGCCAGUACCUUCCGCGUCAUGUUCAAGGAGCCCGUGGAGGUCCUGCCCAAUGUCAACUACACCGCCUGCGCCACACUCAAGGGCCCGGACUCCCACUAUGGCACCAAAGGCCUGCGCAAGGUGACCCACGAGUCGCCCACCACGGGGGCUAAGACCUGCUUCACCUUCUGUUACGCGGCGGGGAACAACAACGGUACCUCGGUGGAGGACGGGCAGAUCCCCGAAGUCAUCUUCUACACCUAGGCCCUUCUCCACCCAGGCCACCUCC